AUGGUUUACCAAAAGAUCUUGACUUCUCUCUUGCUCGGUGCUGGCGCCGGAAACUCUUCCUCGUCUGCCUCGCCAACCGUCCAAGAUGGCUGCACCUUCACCGAUUCCGACACGGCUUCGGCUUCUAAGGCAUCUUGUACAGCCAUCGUCCUCAAGGACAUUACCGUCCCAGCCGGUGAGACCCUCGACAUGACAGAUCUUGCUGACGGCACCACCGUCACUUUCGAGGGCACCACCACCUUCGAAUACGACGAAUGGAAGGGACCACUUAUCUCUUUCUCUGGAACUGGUCUUACUGUCACUGGUGCUUCUGGCCAUGUUAUUGAUGGCAACGGCGCCAAAUGGUGGGACGGUAAAGGUAGUAACGGAGGCGUCACUAAGCCCAAGUUCCUCUACGCUCACAAGAUGAUCGACUCCACAAUCUCGGGUCUCAACAUUCAGAACUGCCCAGUCCAAUGCUUCUCUGUCAACCGUGCUGAGAACCUCUACAUCAAGGAUGUCACGAUCGAUAACUCUGCCGGAGACGAACUCAACUCAGACGGUGCCACACUCGGCCACAACACCGAUGCCUUCGACGUAGGCUCUUCUACACGUGUCUUCAUCUCCGGUGUUACCGUCAAGAACCAAGACGACUGCCUUGCCAUCAACUCCGGCACCGAAAUCUCCUUCACAGGGGGUUCCUGCUCAGGUGGUCACGGUAUCUCGAUCGGCUCAGUCGGCGGACGUGACAACAACGACGUUGCCAACAUCUACAUUGCCAACAACACUAUCUCUGACUCUGCUAACGGGGUCCGGAUCAAGACUGUCUACAACGCCACUGGAUCUGUUAAGAAUGUCACCUAUACUGGCAUCACUCUGUCAAACAUUACCAAGUACGGUAUUAUCAUUGAGCAGGACUAUGAGAACGGCAGCCCAACUGGCACUCCAACUGACGGUGUCCCGAUCACCGAUUUGACCAUUUCGGACGUCACCGGCACUGUGUCCGAUGAUGCUGCGAAGGUUUACAUUCUUUGUGCUAGCUGCUCGGGUUGGACUUGGAGUGGUGUCUCCAUCACCGGUGGCUCUGCAAGCAGUGAUUGCGAGGGUGUGCCAGACGGUGCUUCCUGCUAG